CUAGACAGUCCCCAUGGCACAGAAUUUGCCUCCAAAAUUUUGACAUUUUACUGAAGUUCCCGCCAGUUUCUCCCCUCAUACCAAUACGCCAUGCCCAUACAUUUAACCAGCGCCCCCCCCCCCAAAAAAAAACCUUAAUACCCAAAACCAGCAACAGGGGAUAAACAAUGGGAAUCAAAGGUCUGCUUAGAUUCAUGAAACCUUUCAUUGAACCCGUUCACAUCAAGAAAUACGCUGGCAAGCGGGUGGGUAUUGAUGCUUAUUCAUGGUUACAUAAAGGAGCAUAUUCAUGUAGCACGGAGAUUUGUUUGGAUUCAAACAGUGAAAAGAAAUUUCGUUACAUAGCUUACUUUAUGCACAGAGUCAAUCUUCUCCGUUACCAUAAGAUAACCCCAGUUGUGGUUUUUGAUGGUGCAAGUAUCCCCUCUAAGGCUGCCACUGAAAAUGAGAGAAACAGGAGGAGAGAAGAGAACCGGGAACUGGCAAUUGCCAAACUUAAAAAGGGUGAUGUUAAAGCUGCAACUGAGCUUUUCCAGAAAGCAGUGAGAAUCACUCCAGCAAUGGCACAUCAAUUAAUUCAGAUCCUGAAAUCAGAGAAAGUUGAAUUUGUGGUAGCUCCAUAUGAGGCUGAUGCACAACUAGCAUAUUUGGCCACCCUUGAGGUUGAAAAAGGAGGAGUUGCGGCAGUGAUUACAGAAGACAGUGAUUUAAUAGCAUAUGGUUGCCCAGCUAUCACAUUUAAAAUGGACCAUUAUGGCAAUGGAGAAGAACUAGUUCUGCCAAAAGUUUUUGAUUCAUUAACUAGUAAACCUUCCUUCAGAAAUUUUGAUAAAGAAUUGUUUACAGGUAUGUGUGUCCUUGCUGGAUGUGAUUUCCUUCCAUCUGUUCCUGGAAUUGGGAUUGUAAAGGCACAUUCCUUUGCUACCAAGUACCGGAACUUAGACCGUGUUUUAUCAGUUUUGAAGAUUGAGAAGGGCAGUCAAAUGCCAGAAGAUUACCCCAAAUCUUUCAAAGAAGCAGUUGCAGUGUUUCAGCAUGCAAGAAUAUAUGAUGCUGAAAUCAAGGAGUUGAAACAUCUGAAAUCUCUUACAGAACAGCUUCUGCAGCAUCUAGAUGAAGGGCUUGAUUUCCUGGGACCAGAAAUCCCUCCAUUGGUAGCAGCUGCGAUUGCUGAAGGAAAGUUAGACCCCACUACAAUGGAGGCCUUCCACUGUAAUCAACCAGAGCCUGAUAAUGUUCAAACUUCUGUUGAAACUGCUAACAAUUCCAGACAAGCAAGCUGCUUCACGGUAGUUUCUUCACAUAAAACCAGAGAGAAAAAGAAGAUAGGUACAAUGAGCAUGAAGCAAGUUGCAGUUUCAGCUGAAAGCAAGUAUUUUCAAGAUGCUGGACUGGAGAAACUAGCAUUUCCAGUAAGAACUCACACAAAAAAAGAGAAUGCGGUAUUAAAGGAAACUCCAUUGAAUGUUCCGAAUAACAAUCCUUUCAAGAAAAGAAAACUCGAAGACGUGACUAAACUAGUUUCAUCAGAAGGCAAGGAUGAGAAGUUGGAAAUUUCGUGUGUUUUCCCCGAUAAUAGUCAAUUGACAUUUUCUGAGAAUGAUUGUUUAAGUGAUAGGAAACUCCAAAUCUCCAAUCAGAUAGAGAGCAUUGCUGAACAGAUUUCAAUGGUGACUGAGGUAGAACUUGCCGAUACCUUGUGCAUCAACAUGGGAUCCCAAGAAAGUGUGAGUUCUGAUUCUAGACCAAAGAGAGUGUUUAGUGGAAGAAGAGUUCAAAAUGAUAAGUUGAAACGAAGUAAUCACAACAGCUCAGAGGCUAAGAACAGUAUUCUGAACUUCUUUGCUCGUGUGUGAUCUUCCCAUUUGUUUCAUUUAUAAUCUACUUAGCAAUU